GCGGGACCUGGAGCGUCUUGUCGAGACCGCCCUCGAGCUGAAGGCGACCGACGAGCCCCGGGGCGACCUUUCCGGCCUCACGCUCGCGAACUUGUUCUUCGAGGCGUCCACGCGGACGCGAGCCUCCUUCGAGCAGGCGGCGAGGCGGCUCGGGGCGGACGUGCUGAACCUGGACAUGGGCGCUUCGAGCGUGGUCAAGGGUGAGUCCCUCGUGGACACGCUCCACACCAUCGAGAGCGUCGGCGCCCGGUUCGUGGCGAUGCGCCACGCCGCCUCCGGCGUGCACGAGUACGUGGCCCCCCGCCUCACCUCGGCGUCGCUCCUCAACGCGGGCGACGGCCGCCACCAGCACCCCACGCAGGCCCUGCUCGACUGCGUCACGCUCCACGAGAAGCUCGGCUCGAUCGAGGGCAAGACGAUCGCGAUUGUCGGCGACAUCCUGCACUCGCGCGUCGCCCGCUCGAACAUCGCGGCCUUCACCAAACUCGGUGCCCGCGUCCGGCUCGUCGGGCCGCGGACGAUGCUGCCGCAGACGAUCGUGGACGCCUUCGGCGUGGACGCGACGCACGAUCUGGCGGAGGGGAUUGCGAACGCGGACGUGGUGUACCUGCUCCGAAUCCAGCUGGAGCGUCAGGCGCGGGCGAUCUACGGCUCGGGCGGGGAGUACCACCGGCACUACGGGCUCUCCACGAAGCGACUCGACGUAUUGAACCCGGGGGCGAUCGUCAUGCACCCCGGUGACCAACGGCGUCUUCGCCCGCAUGGCGGCGAUGCUCUGGCUCUGCGGGAAGGGGGCGUCGUGAGGGACGGGACGAUCGUGAUCCGGGGCGGGCACGUGGUGGAUCCGUCGAUCGGCGUCGACGGCGUGCGCGACAUCACCAUCUUCGAGGGCAAGGUCUCGGAUAUCGAUUCGACGAGCAGCGUCCCCCACGGGGUCGAGGUCAUCGACGCGAGCGGGAACCACGUCUUCCCCGCGUUCGUCGAGAUCCACGCCCACCUCCGCGAGCCGGGGGGCGAAGCGAGCGAGACGAUCGCGACGGGCCUGCGCGCGGCCGCGAAGGGCGGGUACGCCCACGUCUUCUCCAUGCCGAACACGACGCCGGUGACGGAUUCGGCCGUUCUGGUGCGGUACCAGGUGGACCGGGCGCGGGAGGCCUCGCCCGUGAGCCUGCACCCGGUCGGCUCGGUGACCACGGGGAUGAACGGCGAGCGGCUGACGGACUUCGCGGCGCUCCGCGAGGCCGGGGCGGGGGCGCUGUCCGACGACGGCCUGCCCGUGGCGAACGCGGGCGUGAUGCGCUCGGCGCUCUCCUGCGCGGCCGAUCUGGGGAUGGUGAUCCUGGACCACUGCGAGGACAUGUCCCUCACGGGGGACGGCGUGAUGCACGACGGCCCCACCGCGGCCCGCCUGGGCCUGCCCGGCAUCCCGCGGUCGAGCGAGGCGACGAUCGUCGCCCGCGACGCGGCCCUCGCGCUGGAAACGGGCGGGCGGCUGCACGUCUGCCACGUCUCGACGGUCGACUCGGUCGAGGCGAUCCGCUUUUUCAAAUCGCGCGGGGCGCCGAUCACGGCCGAGGUGUCGCCGCACCACCUGCUCUUCACCGAGGAGCGUGUGGGCCGGUUCGACACGCACGCGAAGAUGAAGCCGCCGCUGUGCGAGGAGCGGGACCGUCGGGCGCUGAUCGAGGCGCUGGAGGACGGGACGAUCGACUGCAUCGCGACGGACCACGCCCCCCACUCCCCCGCGAGCAAGGCGCAGCCCUUCGCGCAGGCGCCCUUCGGCAUCGUCGGGAUGGAGACGGCGUUCGUGAGCCUGUACUCCGCGUUCGUCGCGAGCGGGGCGUGGACGCUGCCGUUCCUGAUCGAGAAGAUGACGACCGCGCCGGCGAAGUGCGUGUCCCGGAAUUGGGGGACGCUCGCGGACGGCGCGUCGGGCGACCUCGUGAUCGCGUCGCUCGGCGAUUCGCGCACGUUCUCGGACGCCGAUCUCGGCUCGAAGAGCGUGAACUGCCCCUGGCUCGGCGAGACGUUCUGCGCGAAGAUCGAACGGCUCGUGAUCGCCGGGCGCACGGUGACGGUCUAG